AUGCCUCAUAGUCAUUGCCAUGGACACGAUCACGACCACGGAAGUUCAGAUGAGCUAGGUCUGCAAUAUAAUCUUUUUGAAAAAAUAGACAAAGACAAUCUGCAAUGCCUCAAUGAAAGUGUUGAUGGAGCUGGAAAAACAGUAUUUAAGCCGUGGAUCAAUCGUCUUGACAGAAUACAUUAUGUCGAAAGUGAUGCUGACGAGGAGUUACUGUUUAAUAUUCCCUUCACAGGCAAUGUCAAACUGAAAGGCAUAAGAAUAGCUUCUGAGGAAACUGAAGCACACCCUUCCAAAUUAAGACUCUUCAAAAACAAACCAAAUAUGACAUUUGAUGAUGUUUCUUUAGAACCUGAUCAAGUGUUUGACCUGCAAAAAGAUAGUCAAGGCAUUGUUGAGUACAGUCCAAAAAUUGUCACAUUCUCAUCUGUAUCCCAUUUGACUAUGCAUUUUCCUAACAACUUUGGUGCAGAAAGUACAAGAAUAUACUAUAUUGGAUUAAAAGGAGAAUGGACUCCAGGACACAGGCAUGGUGUUACUAUUUGUACUUAUGAAGCAAGGCCAAACCUUGAAGACCACAAAUUAAAGCAUUUGGAUAGUGUAUCUAAAACAAUAGAAUAG